UUUAUUAAGAGAGCACUAUAUCAUAUAUAUUUAGCCGAUCAAAAAAUAUCCAUUAUUGGAAAUAUAUAGUGCCAUUUUUUUUUGAACAUUUUUUUGAACAGUGUAUCCUUGUUUUUUUCCUGUGAAUCAUGUUGUGAUUUUUUUAUUUUGUAUGCAGUGAUUUAAGAGUGUGAUUUUUUCCAUCAAAAUGAACUUGAUAAUCGGUUGGAGUACGAUUCUGGCAGUGUUAAUGCUGUCGGAAUGCAGUGCAACGACAAGUGAUACGCUAAAGCGAGACAAAAAACAAGCCCCAUAUACAAAUCGAAUUGAUGAUAAUGAUAAAGAAGUUGUGGUUGCAAUUCAAGAUCAAGAUAAGACACAAUAUUUAGAGCAAAAUUUUGAAUCAAGUGCUUAUGAAUUUGGCUAUGAAGUCGGCCCAAAUGGACAAUUUCAUCAUGAAAAUCGUGGUCCAGAUGGGGUAACGUAUGGAUGUUAUGGAUAUAUUGAUCCAAAUGGUGAAUUGCAAGCAACUCAUUACGUUGCUGAUGGUUGGGGCUAUCGAACUGUAAAACCGAACAGUGAUGUUGAAAUUUUUACGGAACCACAUGAUGAAACUCAACAAACCCCCGAGGAACACAAACAUCAUCAUGGACAUAUAACUCCAUGGAAAGAGCUGUACUUCCCAGAAGGUUGUGGAAUGUAUCCAGGUGGUGUUCUGCCUGGCAAACCUGUAACACCAAGUCCACCCGUGCAACGACCAACUACAGCACCUGUACAACGACCAACUAAAAAACCAAUAACUAGUAGGCCUUCACCAUCAAAGCCCGAUGGCCAAGCUACUGCACAACCUCCAGGGGUACUUGUACCAGGGACACCUGGGCCAGUAAUAACAGGGCCAAAUGGAGCAUCAGGACCAAAUGGUCCAUCAGGAUCUAAUGGUCCAUCGGGACCAAAUGGACCAUCAGGACCAAAUGGUCCAUCUGGGCCAAAUGGACCAUCAGGACCAAAUGGCCCAUCUGGGCCAAAUGGUCCAUCAGGACCUAAUGGACCUCCAGGACCAAAUGGACCACCAGGACCAAAUGGACCACCAGGACCUCUAGGACCAAGUGGCCCUAGCAGUUUAGGUCCAUUUGGACCUUCGGGUCCACCUGGACCAACAGGACCCACAGGUAGUGGGCCUUUUGGACCAGAUGGACCUCUUGGACAAGGUGGAUCACAAGGACCAAAUGGUCCAUCAGGACCAAAUGGUCCAUCAGGACCAAAUGGUCCAUUAGGACCAAAUGGCCCAUCAGGACCAAAUGGACCACCAGGGCCAAAUGGACCACCAGGACCAAAUGGACCACCAGGGCCUCUUGGACCAAGUGGACCUAGCAGUUCAGGCCCAUUUGGACCUCCUGGUCCACCUGGACCAACAGGACCAACAGGUAGUGGGCCUUUUGGACCAGAUGGACCUCCUGGACCACAAGGACCAAAUGGUCCAUCAGGACCAAAUGGUCCAUUAGGACCAAAUGGUCCAUCAGGACCUAAUGGUCCAUCAGGACCAAAUGGACCACCAGGACCAAAUGGACCACUAGGACCAAAUGGACCACCAGGGCCUUUUGGACCAAAUGGUCCGAGCAGUUUAGGACCCUUUGGACCUCCAGGUCCACCUGGACCAACAGGACCCACUAGUAGUGGGCCAUUUGGACCAGCUGGGCCUACUGGACCAAAUGGACCUAGUGGACCAAAUGGUGGAAUCAUUGAUGGACAAGGCACUGUAGGCUCCAACGGGCCAAUUGGAUCUCCGACUCAGAACUAUCCAGGUCGGCCACAGCCGGGAUUGUCAUCAGGUACACCAAAUCAACCAUCGCAAGGGGUAUAUCCUAGUACUCCAGGAACUCCUGAUUCAAUUGGCACACCAGGACAGUCGGGUAGUCCCAGCCAAAUAGGGCAAAGUGGGUAUCCACAACGACCAAAUCAAUCCGGGUAUCCAAAUCAACCAUCGCAAGGAGGAUACCCAAGUAAACCAGGAAGACCAGGCUCUCCAGGAACUCCUGGUACCCCUGGCGCACCAGGACUGCCCGGUCAACCAGGACAAAGUGGAUAUCCUCAACGACCAGAUCAAUCUGGAUAUCCAAAUCAACCAACGCAAGGAGGAUACCCAAGUACACCCGAACAACCAGGCUCUCCAGGAAUUCCUGGUUCCACUGGCUCGCAAGGACAGCCAGGUAUACCCGGUCAACCAGGACAAAGUGGAUAUCCACAACGGCCAAAUCAAUCCGGAUAUCCAAAUAAACCACCGCAAGGAGGAUUCCCAAGUACACCUGGACAAUCAGGUACUGCAGGAUCAAAUCAGCCAUCGCUAGGAGGAUAUCCAAGUACACCUGGACAACCAGGCUCUCCAGGAACUCCUGGUAUCCCUGGCACACCAGGACUACCUGGACGACCCGGCCAACCAGGACAAAGUGGAUAUCCACAAAUACCAGAUCAAUCAGGAUAUCCAAAUAAACCAUCGCAAGGAGGAUUCCCAAGUAUACCUGGACAACCAGGCUCUUCAGGAACUCCAGGAACCCCUGGCGCACCAGGACUGCCAGGCACACCCGGCGAACCAGGAUAUCCACAACAACCAAAUCAACCCGGAUAUCCAAAUAAACCAUCGCAAGGAGGAUUCCCAAGUACACCUGUACAAUCAGGUACUACAGGAUCAAAUCAGCCAUCUCAAGGAGGAUAUCCAAGUAUACCUGGGCAACCAGGCUCUUCAGGAGCUCCUGGUUCACCUGGCAUCCCAGGCCUACCAGGUAGUCCCGGAGUUCCAGGUCAAGGUGAAUAUCCACAACGACCAGAUCAAUCCGGAUAUCCAAACCAACCAACGCAAGGAGCAUACCCAAGUACACCAGACAAACCAGGCUCUCCAGGAACUCCUGGUACCCCUGGUGCACCAGGACUGCCAGGCAGUAACGGCCAACCAGGACAAAGUGGAUAUCCACAACGACCAGAUCAAUCGGGAUAUCCAAAUAAACCAUCGCAAGGAGGAUUCCCAAGUACACCUGGACAACCAGGCACUCCAGGAACUCCUGGUACCCCUGGUGCAACAGGACUGCCAGGCAGUAACGGCCAACCAGGACAAAGUGGAUAUCCACAACGACCAGAUCAAUCAGGAUAUCCGAAUAAACCACCGCAAGGAGGAUACCCAAGUACACCUGGACAACCAGGCACUUCAGGAACUCCUGGUACCCCUGGCGCACCAGGACUGCCAGGAAGACCAGGCCAACCAGGACAAAGAGGAUUCCCAAGUACACCUGGCCAACCAGGCUCUCCAGGAACUCCUGGUACCCCUGGUGCACCAGGACUGCCAGGCAGUAACGGCCAACCAGGACAAAGUGGAUAUCCACAACGACCAGAUCAAUCAGGAUAUCCGAAUAAACCACCGCAAGGAGGAUACCCAAGUACCCCUGGACAACCAGGCACUUCAGGAACUCCUGGUACCCCUGGCGCACCAGGACUGCCAGGAAGACCAGGCCAACCAGGCCAAAGUGGAUAUCCUCAACGACCAGAUCAAUCAGGAUAUCCAAAUAAACCAUCGCAAGGAGGAUUCCCAAGUACACCUGGCCAACCAGGCUCUCCAGGAACUCCUGGUACCCCUGGUGCACCAGGACUGCCAGGCAGUAACGGCCAACCAGGACAAAGUGGAUAUCCACAACGACCAGAUCAAUCAGGAUAUCCGAAUAGACCACCGCAAGGAGGAUACCCAAGUACACCUGGACAACCAGGCACUUCAGGAACUCCUGGUACCCCUGGCGCACCAGGACUGCCAGGAAGACCAGGCCAACCAGGACAAAGUGGAUAUCCACAACGACCAGAUCAAUCAGGAUAUCCAAAUAAACCAUCGCAAGGGGGAUUCCCAAGCCCACCUGGCCAACCCGGCUCUCCAGGAACUCCUGGUACCCCGGGUGCACCAGGACUGCCUGGCAGUAACGGCCAACCAGGACAAAGAGGGUUCCCAAGUACACCUGGCCAACCAGGCUCUCCAGGAACUCCUGGUUCCCCAGGAACAACAGGACUGCCAGGCAGACCCGGCCAACCAGGACAAAGUGGAUAUCCACAACGACCAGAUCAAUCAGGAUAUCCAAAUAAACCAUCGCAAGGAGGAUUCCCAAGUACACCUGGCCAACCAGGCUCUCCAGGAACUCCUGGUACCCCUGGUGCACCAGGACUGCCAGGCAGUAACGGCCAACCAGGACAAAGUCAAUAUCCACAACAACCAGAUCAAUCAGGAUAUCCAAAUAAACCAUCGCAAGGAGGAUACCCAAUAACACCUGGACAACCAGGCACUCCAGGAACUCCUGGUACCCCUGGCGCACCAGGACUGCCUGGAAGACCAGGCCAAACAGGACAAAGUGGAUAUCCACAACGACCAGAUCAAUCAGGAUAUCCAAAUAAACCAUCGCAAGGAGGAUUCCCAAGUACAGAUGGCCAACCAGGCUCUCCAGGAACUCCUGGUUCUCCGGGCACACCAGGACUGCCAGGCAGACCCGGCCAACCUGGACAAAGUGGAUAUCCACAAAGACCAGAUCAAACCGGAUAUCCAAAUAAACCAUCGCAAGGAGGAUUCCCAAGUACACCUGGACAACCAAGCUCUCCGGUAACACCUGGUUCACCUGGCUCGCAAGGACAGCCAAAUAGACCCGACCAACCAGACCAAAGUGGAUAUCCACAACGACCAGAUCAAUCAGGAUAUCCAAAUAAACCAUCGCAAGGAGGAUUCCCAAGUACACCUGGCCAACCAGGCUCUCCAGGAACUCCUGGUACCCCUGGUGCACCAGGACUGCCAGGCAGUAACGGCCAACCAGGACAAAGUCAAUAUCCACAACAACCAGAUCAAUCAGGAUAUCCAAAUAAACCAUCGCAAGGAGGAUACCCAAUAACACCUGGACAACCAGGCACUCCAGGAACUCCUGGUACCCCUGGCGCACCAGGACUGCCUGGAAGACCAGGCCAAACAGGACAAAGUGGAUAUCCACAACGACCAGAUCAAUCAGGAUAUCCAAAUAAACCAUCGCAAGGAGGAUUCCCAAGUACAGAUGGCCAACCAGGCUCUCCAGGAACUCCUGGUUCCCCCGGCACUCAAGGACAGCCAGGUAUACCCGGCCAACCAGGACAAAGUGGAUAUCCACAAAGACCAGAUCAAUCCGGAUAUCCGAAUAAACCGACGCAAGGAGGAUACCCAAGUACACCUGGACAACCAGGCACUCCAGGAACUCCUGGUACCCCUGGUGCACAAGGACUGCCAGGAAGGCCCGGCCAACCAGGACAAACUGGAUAUCCACAACGGCCAGAUCAAUCAGGAUAUCCAAAUAAACCAUCGCAAGGAGGAUUCCCAAGUACACCCGGACAACCAGGCUCUCCAGGAACUCCUGGUUCCCCGGGCACACCAGGACUGCCAGGCAGACCCGGCCAACCUGGACAAAGUGGAUAUCCACAAAGACCAGAUCAAUCCGGAUAUCCAAAUAAACCAUCGCAAGGAGGAUACCCAAGUACACCUGGACAACCAGGCACUCCAGGAACUCCUGGUUCACCUGGCUCGCAAGGACAGCCAAACAGACCCGACCAACCAGACCAAAGUGGAUAUCCACAACGACCAGAUCAAUCAGGAUAUCCAAAUCAACCAUCGCAAGGAGGAUCUCCAAGUACAUCUGGACAACCAGGCACUCCAGGAACUCCUGGUACUCCUGGCGCACCAGGACUGCCUGGAAGACCAGGCCAACCAGGACAAAGUGGAUAUCCACAACGACCAGAUCAAUCUGGAUAUCCAAACGAACCAUCCCAAGGAGGAUUUCCAAGUACACCUGGACAACCAGGCUCUCUAGGAACUCCUGGUACUCCUGGCGCACCAGGACUGCCUGGAAAACCAGGCCAACCAGGACAAACUGGAUAUCCACAACAACCAGAUCAAUCAGGAUAUCCAAAUAAACCAUCGCAAGGAGGAUUCCCAAGUACACCCGGACAACCAGGCUCUCCAGGAACUCCUGGUUCCCCGGGCACACCAGGACUGCCAGGCAGACCCGGCCAACCUGGACAAAGUGGAUAUCCACAAAGACCAGAUCAAUCCGGAUAUCCAAAUAAGCCAUCGCAAGGAGGAUUCCCAAGUACACCUGGACAACCAGGCACUCCAGGAACUCCUGGUUCACCUGGCUCGCAAGGACAGCCAAACAGACCCGACCAACCAGACCAAAGUGGAUAUCCACAACGACCAGAUCAAUCAGGAUAUCCAAAUCAACCAUCGCAAGGAGGAUCUCCAAGUACAUCUGGACAACCAGGCACUCCAGGAACUCCUGGUACUCCUGGCGCACCAGGACUGCCUGGAAGACCAGGCCAACCAGGACAAAGUGGAUAUCCACAACGACCAGAUCAAUCUGGAUAUCCAAACGAACCAUCCCAAGGAGGAUUUCCAAGUACACCUGGACAACCAGGCUCUCUAGGAACUCCUGGUACUCCUGGCGCACCAGGACUGCCUGGAAAACCAGGCCAACCAGGACAAACUGGAUAUCCACAACAACCAGAUCAAUCAGGAUAUCCAAAUAAACCAUCGCAAGGAGGAUUCCCAAGUACACCCGGACAACCAGGCUCUCCAGGAACUCCUGGUUCCCCGGGCACACCAGGACUGCCAGGCAGACCCGGCCAACCUGGACAAAGUGGAUAUCCACAAAGACCAGAUCAAUCCGGAUAUCCAAAUAAACCAUCGCAAGGAGGAUUCCCAAGUACACCUGGACAACCAGGCACUCCAGGAACUCCUGGCGCACCAGGACUGCCUGGAAGACCAGGCCAACCAGGACAAAGUGGAUAUCCACAACGACCAGAUCAAUCUGGAUAUCCAAACCAACCAUCGCAAGGAGGAUACCCAGCUACACCUGGACAACCUGGCUCUUCAGGAGCUCCUGGUGCCCCUGGCACGCAAGGACAACCAGGGCAAAGUGGAUAUCCACAACGGCCAGAUCAAUCCGGAUAUCCAAAUACACCAUCACAAGGAGGAUACCCAAGUACAUCUGGACAACCAGGCUCUCCAGGAGUUCCUGGUUCCCCUGGCACGCAAAGACAGCCAGGUAGACCAGGCCUUCCAGGUCAAAAUGAAUAUCCGCAACGACCAGAUCAAUCUGGAUAUCCAAACCAACCAUCACAAGGAGGGUAUCCUAGUACACCGGCUCAACCAGGAACUCCUGGAUCACCAGGCUCGCCUGGCACAUCAGGACAACCAGGCUCACCAAGUCAACCAGGACAGCCAAUUAUCCCCAGUAUUCCAGCACAAAGUGGAGUACCAAGUCGACCUUCUGGCCCCGAUCAACCUGGAUUAAACGGUUAUCCACCAUAUUAUCCAGGAUACCCAGUUUAUCCUGCUUAUCCAGGUUAUCCCGGGCAAGUGUGCAACAAUCAAAAUUGUCAAAAUAAUCCGGGAAAUAAUGCAAUUGGAGUUCAACCGCCAAAUAACAACCCACCAUCAGAUCUUGUUCCUGGUGGUCCACAACAACCGCCAAUAUUUAUUAUACCAUAUCCAAUACAAUUUCAAUCCGUGCCAAGUACAUGCCCAUGCUAUUUAGUUGAACCAGGAUCAAAUAAAACCGAAUCCUCAUCACCAUCAGCACCGCCAACGAACACUUUAGAUAACAACAACAAUUAUCAAGGGUCAAAUAAUUACACAAAUAAUUUACAACAAUAUCCACCGAAUUACGUACCUCCUUACGGUUUUAUUGGUUUUAUUCCCGUAGUAUUUUUCCCCUAUUGCCCAGGUAACCAUACCAACCCAAAUAUGAUAUCACCAAUAUUCCCCAGUGCGUACCCUGUCCCAUACCCUUGUUCACAAUGCAAUCAAAAUGAUUUAAAUAACUAUCGAAAUGUGAAUAAUAAUAAUAAUUAUAGUCCGUUUGCAUCGAACUCCUUCCAGCAGGUAUUAUUACAAAGUAAUUUACCACAAGAAUCAGUUAUACGAUCUCCAAGUCGUAAGCGAAUACGCAAAGUUAAGAAGAAAAGCGAUUAAUUAACUAUUUUAUAUUUUGUAGAAAAUAGAUU